UAGGCCUUGAAAUAAACUUACCUGUGACUUUAUUCUCCAUCAGAACUAAUUGUGUAAUUUAAGUUGUCGCUGAAGCAACAGUGCAAAAUUACAUUGGUGCAUAGUUUAUUGACUACUUUAUUUUGAGCUCCAAAUUUGCAAUGGACAAUUACGAGAGGGCAAGGAAGCUGCAAGAAGAGGCAGGAGUUCCUCCUGGAGGAAUAAAACAUUGUUGCUGCAACUGCAGGAGGAAACUGGAUCCCUACCAGCUGUUCGAUGACAAUGUGGAGGACAUAGCGAAGAGUCUGGCGCAGAUAAUGUUGAUCUGCGGCAUCAGUACCACCAAAUCCCGUGCUGCCAGGUCGAUAAUCAAGCGGGCCUUCGUCUACCAUGAACGAUUGCGCACCACCUGUCCACCGGCACCAGCUCCAGGAUCACGUUUGAAUCGCGAGGACUUGCUGCAGGCUCUGCGGCUGAGGUGCGAAAUGGAACCCGUGGAGGCGAUGCUCACCUACGCGAUCAUCAAGAGGGCCUUCAAGGCCUUCUACCACGGCAAACCCCUGGUGACCAUCAGCAAUCCGAUUGUGGAUGCGAUGGCGGUGCACACCCAGUAUGCCGCUUGGAUGCACGCUGCUCACAAGACCUCCAGGAUAUUCGACAACUACAAGGCGGCCUUCUUCUGGGCCCACAAGCACUACGAGCGGCAGAUCAAUCUGGUGUACGCGUCACUGUUCCAGCGCAUGACCACCCGAUCGGAUCCGCUCCUGGUGCCGGGAUGUCCCUGCAAGGGCUGCUCCAAGCAGGAGGUUCCCGGACAUCCCAAGGCCGGUCAGCGGCCGAUGACGAAGAUCAAGCUCUCGGAGGGUGCAGAUCUGCCGGAACCCUGCAUCCUCUGCGGCUUGCAAGUGCCCAAAACGGAGAAGGGAAUUAAGAUGAAGAAGCCGCGUCCCAUCAUCAAUCACGAGGUCAACCUGCCCAGGUGCCAGCAGUGCAACUCGCCCUUCCUCAUCUGCGAGUGCAACAUCGAUCAGCUGACUGGCGAGCAGUUCGGCGAGUGCGGUCAGGACUCCUACAAGGUCAAGUGGUAUCGUCUGGAGGAACCCGUUCACGUUUCCCAACCUGUGGCUUUGACGACCGGCGGAGAGGAGCAGGAGGAGACCAGCUACGCCGAUUCGAUGGAGCCGCCAGAGGACUGGGACAACCACCACUGCCCCAUCGACUGCAAGCACGACUCCUGCAGCGAAGCAACGAAUGUGUGCCAGGCCACCUCGUCCUCCGGCUCCUCGGGCAGCGACUUCGCCACCUGCUCGGACGGCGAGGGCGAGGAGGACGUGGUGGCCCAGCUGGAGGAGUACCUCAACAAGCUGUGGGCCGAGGAGGUGGCCCAGAAGAAGAAUCCCUCGUACGUGCCGAAGAAAAUUAAUCCCCGGGUCUGAAGUGUAUGAAGUGCAAGGACUAAAUGUUUGAUUGGUAUUUCUAUGUUCACAUUUUGGCUAAACAAAUUAUUAGUGAUGCGAAGUAAAAGGAAGUUGAGGUUAAAGAAUCUUUAUAGAUCAUUUCUUACAACACCUUUUCCCAAAUUUUAAAUCCAUACAAUAUUGUAAAGAUAAAAUGUGCAAACAAAUGUUUGAUCAUUACAACAAAGUCAUUUAUUUACCUUCUUCUACCUUUGUUAUACAACAAAUAAAGUGAGAUCUGGAUGUA